AAUACGAUUUCCGUUUGUUUACAUUAGAACUCGAAAUCUAAAUUACGUUCUGUUCAAAAUCGUGGAAAUUCUAAACGUGCUAGAGGAUUUCAUGGACCAUAUGCGAUGGAUUUAAAAGCAAUUGAAUUAAUAGCUUUAGAGAAAGAAAAGGAAUGGAAAUCUGCUCUUUCAUUCCAAGUAACAACGUUGCAAGAAGUGUUAAACUCUAAGACAGUCGAAUACGACACUUUAUUUGAGAAAUUUAACCAACUAAAAGCGGAUUUUAAAUACAAUUUAAGACUUUUACAUGAUCGAGAUAAAGAACUUGCGCUUCUUGACAAAGAUCACAAUCGUGUGAAGGUUUUGGAGCAGACGUGUCUUGUUGAACUUAGUGAACAAAAAAUACGAGUCGAAAAAUUAAAAGAGAAACUACAAAACGAAAAUAAAGCAAGAGAGCAAUUAGACGACCAUUACAAGAAAAGAAUUCUAAAUCAACAACUUCAGAUGGAGAAAUUAAAAACAACCAAAAGUAACGAAAAUCGAGAGACGACGAAUGAAUUGAAAAAAGUUAAAAUUCAGUUUGAACAAAAUGUUCAAUCGCUUAAAGGUGAAAUUGAAUCUCAACGACUUGAAUUUAUGAGUGAAUUUGAAGAUAUUUUGAACACUCAAGAAUCAAAGUUCACAAAACAACUCGAAGAAACUAAAAUUGAAAAUUCGACUUUGUUAAUGAAACAUAAGGUGCUAAGCAAAGAAAUGGAAAUUCUACAAAGUAAACAUGAUGACCAAAGACAGAAGAAUGAAGAAUCAAGGCUAAAAGUUGAAGAAUUGAAGUCAAAACUCCAAAAGGCAGAGUGGAAUAUUUGCGAUGUUUCUUCGAUUAAAAACGACCGGAUUCUUGAACUAGAAGCCCAAGUUGAACACCUAAAGGUGCUAUCUACAACUUCACGAGAUGAAUUUAUCGAACAAAGGAAUAAAUUGGAUAAAGAAGUUAAUGAGAAGCACAUAAAGUUGAUUGCACUGAAACAACUAAACUUGGACAGAGAAAAAAGCUUUGUAGAUCAGUUCCGAAAACUGCAAAGUCAGCACGAGUCAACAAAAUUGGAGUUGGAACGAGCAAUCUGGUCAAAAACAGAAGUUAAGCAACAAUUUAAACAAACUUUGAGUGAAAAACAAGAAGAAGUUGUGACUUUACAGCGCAAACUGGAAGCAGCCACUGUUCAGAGGAAGUUGGCAUCAGAAGAAAGUAAAAAACAUGAACAAUUUUCUAAAACUACCCAAACCAAAACACACAUGAAUAUUUUUCCAAAUGCUAUGGGGAAUAGAGAGGAUAUACAUUCUGAACAUAGUCACAAUCAAAGGUGUUUCACAUGUGAAGCUUCACUACAAAAAGCAAAUGAGUUAGAAUUACAAAACCAGCAGUUGAAGUCAGUCAUUCGGCAAAUGACGAGUGAAUUGCAUGAAAUUGCGGAGAACAAGAAAAAUACACCUGUUGGUUUUAAUGAAGCACCAACAAGGGACUUCCCCUCUCAUGAUAAUGGCUCAUAUGUGAAAUCCUUAGAGAAUGAAUUGUUGUUUGUAAAGAGAGAGAAAAGAUUGUUGGAAGAAAAAUGUGAGAGACUUUCUGGGUUGGAACAGAAAAAGGAAAUUGAAAAAACAGUUGCAGAUGUGUCUUCUGAUCACCCAUGCGUACAAAGUCACAUUGGUUCCUUGAAUAAAACAAUUAGUGACUUACAUGCUGAAAAAUUGGAGCUAAAAUCCGAGGUACAGAAGCUGAAUUUGCAGGUUAAUCACCACAGGCUUGUGUCCCAGCAACACGAGAAUGCUGGAAAAGAGUUGUCGCAGAAAUUACAACAAGUUGAAGUUGAGUUGACAGCAAUGAAACAUAAAGGUCAUAAAGAGGCUAUGAAUUUGAGAAGUAAAAUAUCGGACCUGACGCUUCAGUUCAAUGAAGCAAAAAGAGAAAGUGAUGAAUUCUAUCGCAAAGGAAUUCACGAUAAUUUGGAAGUUACCAAGUUACGGAAUCAAAUUUCCGAAAUGUCGCUUGCUUUUGCUGCAAAGACACCGUGGACACUAGAAACAUCACAAGCACCAUUGGUACAAAGUCUUUCAACUGAAAAUACGCAGCUCAAAGCACAGUUAGCUGCAAAAUCACAUGCAUUGGAACUCAGCCCUAAAAAGCUUGAUAAUCUUACCAAUACACAACUGCGUGUAAAGUUAAAACAAGCACAAGGACAAAUAUCAAGUUUGGUUCAAGAAAAAAGUCGACUGCUUGAAUUAGGGAACCGUUUACGCUUAAAAUUGAGAGGAUUUCAGGAAAACAACGAUGAUGAUGAGAAUAAACAACCAAAUAAAUCCACAAUAGAGAAGGAAAGAAGAGAAUUUCAGAAGAAAGAAGAAAAAGAAAAAAGGGAAAAAGAGAGUAGGUUAAAAGAGAUGGAGAAUCUACAGUAUGACCUCACAAAACAACAACUCGCUUUUGCUCAGAGGAAACAAAUUCCAACACGUGAUGUCACCACAGAGCAAAGCGGAAGUGAUGUUGCCAUGACGACAAAACAAAGUAUGCCCUCUAGUGUCAAUACAUCGAUAAACGACGUGUUUAGGAUUCUUGACCAAGCUCCAUCAAGUCCAUCCAUUGCUGGGGAGAACGGGUAUAUGUGGUGAUCUAAUUCAACAAAGAUUCGAAUAUUUAUUUUGUCACUUAUAAUUGUGAGUUCAAUAGUUCAAUGUUAAUACCAUAUACCUCUCUUCUGGAAAACCUGGGAGUUCUUUAGGUUUGACCAUAUCAUAUCUCCUGUUUAAUAGAUGCAAUAUCACCAAUUUACAUUUAUCCAUUAAGAAUUGUAUACGGACCAUCUACAAAAGGUAUCAUAGUAUCAUAACAUAUUAUUAUAACAUAACCUGUAUCAUAACCUAUUCCAGGGCAAACAUAGGUACAUGCAUACCUAUGGCGCCUAUAGUUAGUCAGUACAUAUGCUACGAAUCUACUCAAAUUUCAUAUUGUUCUUACACACUGUGUUCUAAUAUAAAUUGUACAGCAUUAUUGCUAUUGGUUAAUGUUAUUGCGCAGCAAUUACAGUCAAAAGCUAUAAAACAUAACUGUUAGGUUGUUAAAAUUAGAAUUGUUACUCUGCUCCAAAAAAAGAUUGUGCUUUAUUAUAAAGGUGCCUUGCCUGUAACUGGUGUAGCUUGUGUAAUGUCUGUUUAAAAGUUACAUUUGUUACCUUCAUGAGCUUCUCAAUACCCAUAUAUGGGUGAGGUUCUACAGUGCAGCAUGGCAGGUUUUUUUGAUAUAGACAAGUACUGUGGGUCAUAACCCUGUUUCUUACAACUGUAAUGCACUGUGUUUUGUGUAAAUUAUUAAUCAAAAGUGUAUUUUUAUAAUAAGAAUUGUGUUUCUUUACUGAAUACUCGUAUAUGGUUCUACAAAUUAUAUAUUUAUAUCAGUUUUAACUUUUAACCAAAAGCAAUGUUUCUAAUUUUAUAGGCAGAAUAUUUAAGUUGUUUAAAAUGGAUUCAAAACUUGACAAUGUGUACGCUAAAGCAUAAAGAGGGGACAAGAAGCAUUUAUUUUGUGAGA